CGCAACUAGAAAGGAGGCUCCGAACGUGGCGACGUCAGUAUAGACAAGAUAAUUAUAAUUAAAUAUUUAAGGUGAAAUCAUUCCAUUUACAGACAUACUUCACUCGCUAAAGAGGUGAUUUUGUUCAGAUAAAAAGACCAUGGGUUCGUCUGGAGAAUUUGGAAACCCCCUGAGGAAGUUCAAAUUAGUUUUUCUGGGGGAGCAAAGUGUUGGAAAGACAUCGUUGAUCACACGUUUUAUGUAUGACAGUUUUGACAACACGUAUCAGGCGACCAUUGGAAUAGAUUUCCUGUCAAAAACCAUGUACCUAGAAGAUAGAACAAUCAGACUACAGUUAUGGGAUACAGCAGGACAGGAGAGGUUCCGAAGUUUAAUACCAAGUUACAUUAGGGACUCCUCGGUAGCUGUUGUAGUCUAUGAUAUAACAAAUGCCAAUUCUUUUCAACAAACAUCUAAGUGGAUAGAUGAUGUGCGGACAGAGCGGGGCAGUGAUGUUAUAAUUAUGUUAGUAGGAAACAAAACCGACCUAUCGGACAAGAGACAAGUGACAACAGAAGAUGGAGAAAGGAAGGCAAAGGAAUUAAAUGUAAUGUUUAUAGAAACAAGUGCCAAGGCCGGCUACAAUGUUAAACAGUUAUUCCGACGAGUAGCUGCAGCUCUACCAGGAAUGGAAACAACAGAACCAAAAAAGGGAGAAAAUAUCGAACUCAGACCUAAAGUCGAGGCACUAGACUCGGCGGAACAGGAAGGAGGCGGAUGCUCUUGUUGAUAGGAAAUGCUUUGUAGAUAUGUUCACGUUUGAGACACUGUAAAGUCCACAUCGAGGCUGAAGUAGGCGUGGCCUCAUGACGUCACAUUUUGUAUGCCAUUUUGAACCAGCCAGUUAUUGGCACGGGCUAAUGGAGCCUGACAAACGUUCCACGCGAUGCUGUGUUGUGUUUGUUUGUUGCGAUUGGUUAUGUGAUCAUUAUGUAUGUGUGCAUUGACAUUCAAUGUGUUCGUCCACCUCAUAUUUUCUUGAACAAUUUCAAAACAUCUGUUUAUCAACAACAAAAAUAUAGCAUCUUGGUUAUCUAAUGUGUUCAAAAGUGUUCACGGUACAAAAAUGUCGAUUUUAUCAGUGUCUAAAACUAUAUAACGCUAGUGCUAAUUGCAUCAAUACACGUAACUUAAACCUGUCACAUAUACACUAUUGGUAAUGUCGCUUUGAAAUUUAACGUGUUGUGAUGACCUUAACACAGAAGUGAUUAUGUUUGCUGCAUCAGGCCAUCACGUUGACGGAUGGAUUAUUUUGAAUUGCUUAUUUUAGAAUAUGUCAUGGACAAACAAGUAUGGCUGUUUUGUUUAAUCGAGAUGUAUUAUGUUACAUUAUAUAUGGAUAUGCAAGAAUGUGUUCAGUUUGAUCCUGCCCAGACAGUGUACAUCAUCCUAUUUGAUGUUGCUGUGUUAUGUUAAUAUUGCUUUAAAAUGCUUGUUACAAUGUUAAUGCGAUGUGAUAUAACAAAUAUUCGUAUCAUAUGUAGUUUACCAGAAACUCGAGAUUAAUUUGGAUGUCGCAAAUGUGAUAAAAAAGCACAUUUCUGAAAUGCAAUUUGAAUCACAUUUCAAAACAUGUUUUCUCUUGAGCCUUAAAACAUGUAGUAGUUGUUACGUGAAGGGUUUCCGAGUGUUUCUAAUAGGAAAGAACAAUUUCAUUUGUCCAAAUAUACAAAAUGAUAUUAGUUUGAAUGACGUAUCUGUUUUAAUAAUAAUACAAUCUGAAUACUAAAUAUCCGUUCUUGGAUUAAAAGGUCCACCUUCAAAUAAAUACCACAAACCCAUCAACGGUUAAAAUAGUACUCUUAACUUUGGAAUCGUUUAUCAUUAUACGAUUUGAUCAUAUGCUUUCAAUGGACCUACGUUUAAGUCUGUCUCAUUUCAUUCUGUCACACGAGUUGCUGGCCAACGCCAAUGACCAUAGCAGCUGUAUGUUGAUUGUGAUACUCUCCAGUCAUUAGUCAAGUGUUAUGUAUAUCGCAUGUACUCUCUAGUCAUUGGCCCAGUGUUAUGUAUAUCGUAUGUACUCUCUAGUCAUUGGCCCAGUGUUAUGUAUAUCGUAUGUACUCUCUAGUCAUUGACCCAGUGUUAUGUAUAUCGUAUAUCAUCUCUUUAUCAUGCUAUAUUUAUUUAUUACCUCAUUCGAAACAAGGUCAUCUGUAUAUACAAUGUAUUUAUAUAUAAUGCAUGAUAUUAUAAAACUGUAUAUGCGAUGAUUUUAUGAAAGGAAAUACAUGCACACUUGCAUGGAAUUCAACUAGUUAUACAUGGAAGACUUGUUGAACUAGUUUGUUUCGGAUAUUAACUUAUUCAUCCCUACAUAUUUAAACUGGACUUGAUUUGCUUAGGUUCAAAUUUGACAUUAGGCGACAAUGGGUUAAGUAAGUAGAGCUAAUCCUCGUUUGUCCGGAUACUCAUUAUUGAUACAGUGUUAUAUCGACCAAAUCUAUGCGCUUGGCAUGGCCAAACAAGACAGCUAAUUGUUGUAAAUCAGGGUACAUGUAUGUAGGUAUGUAAAACUUGUUUUUUGCCAAAACAAUUUUACAACGGUCAUAAGGUUAAAGUGUCUCAGAUUCUAAAUUGAUUAUUUAAAAUUUAGUGCUAAAAUACAAGGAUGGACACUAAAACCAGGAUCGACACUUAAAUCAAUGGUAGGUAGAGAAAGCGGAUUUGUUUUGGCCUAAUAUUCACGAACAUUUUACAAAGUGAAAUGACGUAAUGUCAAUAUGAUAAUGUGUCACAAACCAUUUCACUGUUGACAUAUUUCAUCGUAAAGAUUUUGCAUAAUGUUUGUAUUUUUUUCAAUGUUGGCAUUUAAUGCUUGUAUAUACGAUAUUGCGUUUAUUCAUUCUGAGAAAUGAAGCUUGUGUUGUUAUUGUGUACUUAAACACAGUCUCAGAACAAAGUGAAAUAGACCUGACAUUUCUCUAUAUUAUAACCAAAUAUACACUCUCAAUAGGCUUUGUGCGUAUUCGUCAAUCUGUAGUAAAACAUUUACUCUCCAUCACGGCAAAUUAAGGCUAAUUACUAUUGGUAAAACAUUGCUAUAUUGUCAUUUCAAUCGUUUCAUGUGACAAACUGAGGAAACUUGAGCUCUCGACAUUUGAAAAUUGCGAAAACGCGUCUUCCGGUUUCAGGAGUAUUGCUGUGAAGGCUUUGAUUCCAGGACCAUGAGACCGCUUUACUUAAGCUGUUAACUUAUGUACGAAACGUGUAUCGUUUGUAUAUUCGUCUUGAUAUUUGUUAUCAAUCAUUUAUCCAGCCUCUCGGACGUCAUUUAAUUAAUAUAUAUAUAUACUGGAAUAUCUUAUCACAAUAUUGUCUUUUUAUGCCAAUCGACAUUCGAUGUAAAACCAAUCCUUGGUUGUGAUAAUCAUAUCUAGACACGUUUACCGUAGGAAGCCAGUAUUUGCUCUGUUGCUCAAAAUACUAGCGACCAUUUGAUUGGUUUAGACAGUUUGUCGUGAUAUUGUCCCUUCAUAUCAUAUUCCAUAUACUGCAAGAUUUCCUUUGCUUGUCACAAAAGUGUUGGCUUGUGAAGCUAGCUCCUCCAAAAUAUGAAUCAGAAUUGCUCUACAGAUAUGGACUAUUGAGUUGAUAAUCCCACUUAUAUUUGUCUCGACAGCUUGAUGUAACAAUAUAUUUAGGACCAUGAGACGGUACAUUUUGUUGGUUUAAUUGAUACUGCUCUUCCACGUCAGACAGAUAAAGACUCGAUAUGAUUAUUAUAUUAAUACUUUAAUUAUAUACCAAUGAGAUAUGCUGAAACAAUAUUUCAUUUUUGUUAUUUUUGAUUUACAUUUUACCGAACUAUUUGAUGAAGUGAGAAUUGUGUACUUAUAAAACAUGUAUUUUAUCACCAAUUUGCUUCAGAAGACAUUAACUAUAGUUGUUAACUAUUUGCAAUCAUCUAGUUUGGUAAUAGAAUCUUAAGACAUUGAUGUGUAGUUGAAUACACAUAAACGUUUUUCGAUGCAUGACAAAUAACAUUUCCACAAAAAUCUGUUGAAUUUUCAUACAGUACCAAAUUUCCUUCAACCAACGUCAUAAAUAAUAAAGAUGUUUUGGGAAUGUGAUCAGGAAUAGUCUGGUUCUUAACCAGUAAGGUCCUUUUUGAUAUUACGCUAAUUGCUUGCAUAGAGCAAUUCCGUUUUGGUUUCGUCGUUAGACUCCCUGUAAUUAAAGUACAUACGCUAAUCAGCCACAGUUAACGAUGACGGAGAAUAAAGCAAAUACCUCUGUACAUUUAUCAGCUAUAGUUCACGCUUAGGUUUGCUGUUGAAUACAAUGCAUGGAGGAAAACAAGAUCGUAACAAUGAUUAAGUUGAUGUUCUGUAGUACAAAGCGGUCAUAGUAAGUACUUAGUACAUUGCUGUUUGUUUAGUACCUUAGUUUCUGAUUUACGGCUGACUUGGUGUACGUUCUUUCAGUUUAUUCUACCAAGGUCUACAUUUGCUAUUCCAUUUGGUAAUUAUUUGUGUUCUCUUGGUUGCUUUUGUUUAUUUUGUUUCUGAGAAAAGAACAUUUAAAUCAGUACUUAACUCACAGUCAUUAUAAUAAUAACGUAUUGUAUAUUGGGCACUAUGUCAUCACAUAGUAUUGUUAUGUGCUUUUGCUGUGUGUGAGGCAAGCAAGUGACACCAUGUCAAUUUACUCAUACGACACAAUGCCUUGCUGUCUUUUAAUCGUAAAUUUACAUUCAGAUUAUUAGGACGUAACGUUGACUUAUUACUGUAAGGUGAUACUGUUAUGAUAUCUAGCUGUUGUACCGCUGGUGUGCGCGUUACUGAUAAUACUAGUAUUGCUAAAAGAAGGGUAUACCUAACCAAGUGAUUGAAAGUGCCAAUAUUUCGACCGCAAUAUGAAGGAAUUCAAUACAGAAUUGAAUUGAACAUUAAGUCAAUCAUUACAUUUGUUUUAUACUGCUGCUUUCGUUGACUCUGAUUUUCUCCUUUUAAGUUGCAAGUCCCAGAUGUUUCCUUUUCAUAUAGAUGUACACAAUAUCUUUUAUGCUUUUGUAAUACGAAAAUAUAGUGUCUUUAUCGUGUUUUAAGUUGUAAGCGAAACAAAAAAUGUUAUAGAGCGUUAUUUAAUACACAAGAACCUCGGUAGUUCGGACAAAUACCGUCAUGUUCAGAAAACAAUGCUUUUAUAAUUAGUUAAGUCGCCAUAAAUCAAUAUGAAUUUACUUUAGGUUUUUAAUGCAUUAAUCCUUUCCUGUUAACACGUUGUGGUGACAAUUCAGCUCUUUUUGUCCGUAUUUUUCACUCUUUCGUAUUGUUAAAUGUCUGAACUAGCGAGGUUCUUCUGUAUACCAUAUAUAUUGAUAUACUGCGUCCCGAACUCCUAAGAGUUUUCGAUUUCUUUCACACCAACAGCUUGAAGUUAGAGCUCCUUUUGGUCCACGUUUGUACGUAAUUAUAUCUCAAUAAAGACCUUAGAA